AUGGGCAAAGCCAGACGCAUGGGUGCUGUUCUCCCCAGCAUGCAGACCUCGGGGUGCAAGCCCUGCCCCAGCUUUAAGCUGCGGGAGGUGGCAUCCAUGUACUUCACCAUGAUCGCGGUGUUCCUGGUCAUCUUGGUGGUGGCCCUGCAGGGCUCGGCACCCCGCAAGAGUGAUUUUCCCUACAAGGUGCCCCUCGAUCCCCAGGGUCUGCUCGAGCUCUCCUGGAACAUCAGCUACCCCAAGCAAACCGUGUAUUUCCAGCUCCUCAUCAGGGAUCUGAAGUCUGGGCUCCUCUUCGGGAUGUCGGACAGGGGCGAGUUCGAGAAUGCGGACCUGGUUGUGCUCUGGAGCGAUGGGCACAAUUCCUAUUUCGGGGAUGCCUGGAGCGAUGCCAAGGGGCAGCUCCACAUGGACUCACAGCAGGACUACCAGCUCCUCGGGGCUCGGAGGGCUACGGAGGGGCUCUACCUCCUCUUCAGAAGAGCCUUCAGCACCUGUGACCCCAAGGACUACCUUAUUGAGGAUGGCACCGUGCACCUUAUCUACGGGAUCCUGGAGAAACCAGUCCAUUCUCUUCAAGCCAUCAACAUCUCUGCUAUCCAGAGGGGACUGCAGAGGGUGCAGCUGCUAAAGCCCAACAUCACCAUCCCUGAACUGCCCAGUGACAGGAAGACCAUGGAGUUAACGGCCCCCAACAUUGUCAUUCCCAGCGAGAUGACAACCUACUGGUGUUACAUGGCAGAGCUCCCAGCUGGCUUCCCCAAACAUCACAUUAUCAUGUACGAGCCAGUGAUCACGGCGGGCAACGAGGCCAUUGUCCACCACAUGGAAGUCUUCCAGUGCGCUGCAGAGUUCGACAGUUUUCCCCUUUACAACGGACCUUGUGACUCCAAGAUGAAGCCAGAGCGGCUCAGUUACUGCCGGCAUGUGCUUGCAGCGUGGGCCAUGGGAGCACAGGCUUUCUACUACCCUGAAGAAGCAGGUCUUGCCUUUGGUGGCCCGGGCUCCUCCAGAUACUUACGCCUUGAGAUUCAUUACCACAACCCCCUGAUGUUCAAAGGUCGCCGCGACUCCUCGGGGAUCCGUCUCUACUACACGUCCACCCUGCGACGCUAUGAUGCCGGCAUCAUGGAGCUGGGCUUGGUCUACACACCGGUGAUGGCCAUUCCCCCGGGCGAGGAUGCCUUCAUCCUCACGGGAUAUUGCACCGACAAAUGCACCCAGCUGGCUCUGCCUGCUGCCGGCAUCCACAUCUUCGCCUCCCAGCUCCACACUCACCUGGCAGGAAGAAAAGUGGUGACGGUGCUGUCCCGGGACGGGAGAGAGCGGCAGGUUGUCAACGCCGACAGGCACUACAGCCCUCACUUCCAGGAGAUCCGCAUGCUGAAGGAGGUGGUUGCAGUUUUUCCAGGCGAUGAGCUCAUCACGACCUGCACAUACAACACGGAGGACCGGAGCCGAGCCACCGUGGGGGGCUUUGGCAUCCUGGAAGAGAUGUGUGUGAACUACGUGCACUACUACCCCCAGACCCAGCUGGAGCUGUGCAAAAGUGCUGUGGAUCCGGGCUACCUGCACCGAUACUUCAACCUCGUGAACAGGUUUAACGACGAGGAGGUCUGCACCUGCCCACAGGUCUCUGUCCCACAGCAGUUUUUCUCUGUCCCCUGGAACACAUUCAACAGAGACGUCCUGAAAUCCCUCUACAGCUUUGCUCCCAUCUCCAUGCACUGCAACAAAUCCUCAGCCGUCCGCUUCCCGGGCGAGUGGGAGAAGCAGCCGCUUCCCAGCAUCACCGAGAGGCUGCGGGAGCCCGUCCCUCACUGCCCACCCGCCCCGGGGCCUCGGCCGGCCGCCCCCCUCCCCCUCGACCUGGGCAAACUCAGGAGGGACUGACUGAGCGCCUGGCUCCUUCCAUCCAACAGGAAUCACCUCCAGGCAGCAGUAUCCACAGGAAACAUCAUCCCAUUCCUCUCCCGGCAUCCCUGCCUGCGCAGC